CCAUCAAGUAAACGACCAUUCUACCCCCGACCUUCUUCGAAAUUUCCUUCUCCAGCGAAGCAAACCACCACCGCCUUGUCGCCUCUUCCGCCCGCGAUCUGAUCUCUACUCUCCUGCCCGAAUCGGAUCGAAUCGGAUGAGCGGAAGAGGAGUGCGUCAAAAGCUGAAACCUUUCCUGCCACUUUUCCGCAGUGGGAAUCGUCUCGAGCUCCUCUCAAAAGCUCCGACCUUUUCCUUUCUUAAUCCUCUCGCCGUUUUCUUGCUCCUGAAUUUCAAACGAGUUUUCGGUCUUCGAUCCGCUGCGCUCGGCUCACGAUAAAUGCUGGAUCUUUGAAAGGCGGCGCCGUGUUGUUUUCUCUGUCUUCUCAUGCCGUAGAUCUCGUAGAAUAUUUUGCAGAGUUCAGUGCUAUCGUGGCGAUCGACGGGCGGUUUCCGUGAUCUUUAGAUGUCCGCUCUGUCUACUCCUCUGCAAUUCCAUCUCUCUGAGAACGUCCUCGGUGUGCAACCAGCUAUGUUUUUUGUUCAUCUCUUCGCCUUUUUUCUUCCUGUGGCUCUUGUUCUAUUCUGUUAUUUUAGCUUAUCCCCUGUCCCUGUCUUGCCACACAAGAGGAAAGAGGAGUAAAUCAUUUGUUCCUCUAUGUUUAAUUCAAACUUAAAGUCCCCCCGACCAAUAAUACUAACCCCUAUUUCGUCCUCCAUCUCAGACAUCGGCUUCUCAGUUUUUGAAAGCUGAUUUUUUUUUGGAUAGAUUUGGCCGGAAUUAUGUCGGAUUGCAGGAUCUUGCUCUGCCUCGUCGUCCUUGUGGGAGUAUGUUCUGCGUGGGUGGACGGGUUGGGGGUGAACUGGGGAACGAUGGCGUCGCAUCCUUUGCCUCCGAAGAUCGUGGUGCGGAUGCUGAAGGCGAAUGGAAUCAGUAGGGUGAAGAUCUUCGAUGCUGACGCCGCCACCAUGAACGCCCUCGCCGGCUCCGGCAUCGAGGUCAUGGUCGCCAUUCCGAAUAACAUGCUCGGUUACAUGAUCGAUCUCGACACCGCCAGGCAAUGGGUGAAGCACAACGUCACUCGCUACAAUUUCCAGGGCGGCGUCAAGAUCAAAUACGUCGCCGUCGGGAACGAGCCUUUUCUGACGACUUACAACGGCUCGUUUUUGAAUAUUACAUUGCCGGCGUUGAAGAACGUCCAGGCCGCCCUCGACAGAGCCGGAGUAGGCGACAGCAUCAAGGCCACCGUCCCGCUGAACGCGGACGUGUACAACUCUCCGACGAGCAAUCCGGUGCCUUCUGCUGGCCGCUUCCGCGCCGACAUCAGCGAGCUCAUGACCCAAAUCGUGUCCUUCCUCAACUACUCCGGCGCGCCUUUCACCGUCAACAUCUAUCCCUUCAUCAGCCUCUACGAGAACCCCAACUUCCCCGUCGACUACGCCUUCUUCGACGGGACGUCCUCGCCGGUGGUCGACAGCAACGGGAUCCAAUACGACAACGUGUUCGACGCCAACUUCGACACGCUGGUGUCUGCUCUGACGGCGGUGGAGUUGGGGAGCUUGCCGAUCAUCGUGGGGGAGGUGGGUUGGCCUACUGACGGCGACGUCAACGCGAAGACGGCGUACGCGCAGCGGUUCUACAACGGGCUGCUGCGGAAGCUGUCGGCCAACAAGGGGACGCCGCUGCGGCCGAACCAGUACGUGGAGGUGUACAUGUUCAGCUUGAUCGACGAGGACGCGAAGAGCAUCGCGCCGGGGAACUUCGAGCGCCACUGGGGGAUCUUCAAGUACGACGGGCAGCCCAAGUUCGCGCUGGAUUCCGGGCAGGGGCAGGAGGUGCUACCGGUGGCGGCCAGCAACGUGGAGUACUUGCCGAAGACGUGGUGCGUCUUCGCCGCCGGCGGCGCCGGCGACGUGAGCAAGCUCGGGGACAAUAUCAACUACGCGUGCUCGAGGUCGGAUUGCACGGCGCUGGGGUACGGGUCGAGCUGCAACGGGCUGGAUGCGAACGGGAAUGCGUCGUUCGCGUUUAAUAUGUAUUUCCAGGUGCAGAACCAACAAGCGCCGAGCUGCAACUUCCAGGGGCUGGCGGUGGAGACAACGCAGGACCCGUCGACGCCGGAAUGUAACUUUACGAUCCAGAUCGUGUCAAAUGGCGUGGCGGCGUCGGCGGUUGCGCCGUCGGACGCAAUGCUGGUGAUCUUCUUGUGGUUCUUCACGGCGAUCGUUGAGGUUUUCUAAUUGCGGUCGUCGUUGAUUUCUUGGAUUGUUUUGUUCGGAUAUGAUUGCUGCUUAGCCACAGCUCCUUCCAAUCCUAUAAAAAUCUCAGAAAAUAUUGUUCUCAGAUUGUAUUUUGUGAGUUUUGUGAUAAUU